CGAGUAUUGGUUCCAGUUCGUGCCUUGGAGCUUUUUUCUUGGCCCCUUCCCUUCUUCUCGCGAUACCCACAGAACCCUUUUUAUCAGUCCCUCUCUCUCUCUCUCUCUCUCUCUCUCAAGUCAAAUCUCUUCAGCGCCACAGGAACCUCUUCAAAUACUCAACCUUUCACAUUUGCUCUCUCUCAUAUUCAUUCUAUUUCUACUCUCUCUAAAAGACUAAAUCCCGUCGCUAUCCAAAAUAUGGUAGAGUUCGAGUUCCACCAACCAAAUCCCAGCUAAAUUAUGGAGCAAGAGAAAGAGAAGAAAGCCAGGUUCUGCAUCAACGACCACCAAGACAUUCUCAUCGAGAUACUAACACGGCUCGACGACCGCUCUCUCGGAGUCGCUGCCUGUGUCUGCCGUCUCUGGUGCUCUAUAUGCCGCAACGACUCGCUCUGGGAGAACCUCUGCUUCCGCAACGCGUCUCCUCCUACACCGGACGUAAGGUCAGUGGUGGAGGCUCUUGGUGGUUAUAGGCGCCUCUACAUGGUAUGCCUACGCCCGGUCCUGAAUCGGCUCUCCGGAUUGAGUCUGGGGCUGGCUGGUCGGGGUGGUGUCUCGGGACGGAAUGGGAGGAUCUGGACUCAAGACGAGGUGCAACUCUCGCUGUCGCUCUUCUCCAUAGAUUAUUACGAGAGAUUGGGUGGGAGGCAGGGUGGUGACGCGUCUGCCUCGUCGCUCAUGUUCCUUUGCAAGCCAGUGAACGUGUGAUAAUGUUUGUUGACUGUGGACACUGUUGCGCGCGCAGGAGGACUAUGGGAUGAAUAAUGCCGAUCGAUGAGGCAUAUGUUAAGAGAAAGCAUUGACCCUUAAUUAUGAGCCGAAUGUAGCCCUCGAUAAUAACUUCGGUUUUCAUAUUGUUUAUUUCCAUUUUCGUUAAUUUCCUUUUACCAACCAACCAACCCAUCAUAAGGCAGGUUAGCAUCGUUAGAUUAUUCUUUUUCUUCUUCUUCUAGGAAGGUGAAGGUCCCUCUGCAUGGCUGCAUGUGUAAUAUGAUAUAUGUAAUUUAUUAUUUAUUAAGGUGAUAAGAGCAUUAAUUGAGAUUAAUACCCAAGAUCCCUUUA